ACUGAUUUGUAACAGAGACACAUCGUGCAGCAUCCAUCCAAACGAGAUUUCUUAAGUUUGGCCGGGCCGGGGGCUAUUACCGCCUCUAUUAAGCCGCUAGCGGAAGUGAGAGUUACAAUUGUCUCCUUUGACGGUGUACGUACAGCGGGCGCUGGCAAGGACUUGACCCAGGUGUGGAGGGAUGGUAGACUCUGUCACGGUGAGCACUGGCAAUGACUGAACCCAGGAACGGAGGAAUGGCUCCUCCCACUCCAUGAAGAGAAGGAACCAAGAGGUCUUACCAGAGGUUCCAGGAUUUCUGACCACCUGAAAAGAGAUGAAACCCUCUAGCUAGAAGCCCGCUUCAGGGGUGGUAUUCUGGAGCCAUGUUUCCAUCAGGAUGAGUGCGCAGCCGUCCUUCAUCUCACACAGAUUCAGAGACAAAGUUGCUGCCGGAUCGGUCAAAUAUCUCCAGCACAUGAAGACAGAGCCUCAGUACAGCAACAAAAUUAAGGAGUUGUGAUCUUAGCUUACGUGCAUCUACAAAAGUUUAUACUUCACAGAUGGACUCAGCCUUACUUUGCCGGGCAUUAUGCACCAUUAGAACCCAAAGGAAUUUCCAUCUAACUUUGGAUACUGAUAAAAUGUCAGAGAAAUCCAGAAGUAAAAAGGAAGAAAAAGAGGGUCUGGGGAACAGCCCCUUCAGACGCACCAGAAGAAACGCUAGAAAUCUCGUAAUAGCGACAGCCGGUGGAAAGCCCACGUGCGUCCUUUUCCAUUUGCCUCAGAAUUGGUGGGCCUUACCAUGGAAGAACGGCUUUAGCUAAAACAAAGGAGAAAUCAGCCCCAACGACUCUCGAAGGAUUGGCAUCAUAAACGGAAUGGGCAAGUUUUAAACUCUCUCUCGACUCCAACCAAAGGCUGCAGCUGCAUGAACUUGAGUGACUUUUAUAUUUCCAUCGGACAAUACAUUAUCCCCUAGACAAUGAUAGAGCUAUUUCUUAUUGAUUAUUAUUAUACCUGCACUUUUAGAUUUAGUAUUGACUACAUAUAUUAUCUGUAUGUUUGCAUUGAUACUAUUUUUGUGUAAAUUUAUCAAUAAAUACUGUUAAAAAUAGUACCAUCAGACUUCAACGGAUCUCUCUAUCUUUGCUGGUAAGUGACCCAGUUACGGGGUACAUAACAAUUGGGGUUCUCGUCUUGGGAUUUGACACCAAAUUGGGGAGCCAGUGAAUCGGGCUUGUAAGUCCAAACUUGGAUCUGGUACGCAGGUAACCAGACGGGAAACCAGCAAAGAUGGACGUGGAUGAACUUAUAAAAAACCCGACUCUGGAGGCGCUAGAGGCGGCCACCAAAUCAGACUUGAUAAAUAUGGCGAAGGGACUAAACCUCGCAGAGGUGAGGUUGUCAAUGAAAAAGCGGGAGGUGCGAAGGGCCAUAACUCAGUAUUAUAUUGAGAAGAAUGUGUUUGCAGCUGAGGUAUUGGAAAAUAUCCCUGAAAAGGUACCAGCUAGUGGGACGGCUCAGUUAGAGUUGGAGAAAUUAAAGUUGGAACAUGCAAUUAAGUUAAAGCAGCUGGAAGCUGCUGAGAAGGAGAAAGAAAGAGCCAACAAACAAAGGGAGCAUGCGCUCCAGUUAAAGGAGUUAGAGGUGAAACGGGAGCAUGAGCUCCAGUUAAAGGGGUUAGAGGUGAAAAAAGAGCAGGAAAGAGCUGAGAAACAAAGAGAGCAUGAAAUUCAGUUAAAACAGCUGGAAGCCGCUGAGAAAGAGAAACAGAGGCAACAUGACUUGGACAUGAAGAAGUUAAGGCAAGAGCAAAGAGCUCAAGGGUCAGACCGAGAGGAGCGGUUUAAUGUUAGUCGGGAGUUGAGGUUAGUACCUCCGUUUGAGGGGACGGAUGUUGAUAGUUAUUUCUUGCUUUUUGAAAAGGUGGCAGUGAAUCAGAAGUGGCCCAAAGAGCAGUGGGUGGUGUUGUUACAAAGUGUGUUAAAAGGGAAGGCACAACGAGCAUAUACGGCGUUGUCCAUGGAGGAGGAAGAGGUGGAGAAUUAUGACAAAGUAAAAGCGGCCAUUCUCCGGACUUAUGAAUUGGUACCUGAAGCGUAUAGACAAAAGUUCAGAAAUUUAAAGAAAGGGUGGAAUCAGACAUAUAUCGAGUUUGCCUAUGAGAAGGGUGUGCUCUUGGAUCAUUGGUGUACAGCAGAAAUAGUGGAAGAGGAUUUUUGGCAUCUCAGGGAGUUAAUUCUGAUUGAAGAAUUUAAAGGUUGUGUUUCGGAGGAUAUCCGGAUGUAUUUGAAUGAGAAGCUGAAUAAGACCAUCUCCGAAUGUGCUAGGUUCGCAGAUGAAUAUGCCCUAACCCACAAGACAAAGUUUUCCUCGAAUAAAGGUUCCCAGAGAGACCAUGGGAACGAUCAAGAAAGCCCGCCGGCUGAGGCAGAGGUCCCGCCAGUAGCUAGUGGUAAAAUUGAGGGGGAGAGGCAAGACGGCCAGAGAUUUCUGGGCUUAACCUGUUUUAAUUGUGGAAAGGGGGGGGCAUAUUGCAUCUCGGUGAUUUGCUCUGAGGAAGGAGACAGGAAAAGGGAAAGCAGCAGUCCCUUUCGGAUGUGCCGUGGUAAUCAAUAAAUCAGCAAGAGAUCCCCGGGUAGACAGAGUACGAGAAGGGUCUGAGACUUGUAUGACAAAUGGAACUGUGUCUGUGAGGGAGGGAGACCCACCAGUUCCUGAGCGGAUCUGGAGAGACACGGGAGCUGAACAGUCAUUGAUUAGUAGUAAGGUACUGGAUUUUGGUCGCAAGACGGGAAUGGUAGCUGUGAAAGGAAUAGGAAAAGGGAUGGAAAUGGUGCCCUUGCAUAGGAUCAUUAUGGAUUGUGAGUUGGUGUCUGGACCAGUUGAAAUGGGGGUGUGAUCAGAAUUCCCGAGAACUGACGUGGACGUCCUUCUGGGUAAUGAUUUAGCCGGUGGUAAGGUUUGGUCAGCAAUGACGCUGACGAGACAGCCGGUGGAGGUCCCGCCCCUAGAUUCCAAGAUCUAUCCCGCAUGUGCGAUCACUUGCAGCAUGUUGAGAAAGGCAGCUGAGAAUGAGAGCAGUUUAAAUCCUUUUCUUUCUAAAUCUUUUUAUUAUUAUUAGUAAUAUGGACAGAAUACAAAUGAAAUAUUGAUAAAGAAAUUACCAACAUACAAAUUCCAUUACAUAUGAAAAAAAACAUACAUAAUAGUUACAAUAUAAAUGAGUUUACCAAGACAUAAGCCAUAAAAUAUAUGUAUGAAUAUGGUAAGUCUAAAUAUUUCAUAAUAUAUGAUAUAAAAAAACAGAAAAAAAGAAAGAAAAAAAAUAAAAAAUAUAUAUAUAAUGCAAAACUAGCUAAUCUACUAAUCUAAUAACUAAUAUAGAAAACAGACCAUCCCCCCACCCCCAAGAAAAAGAGAAAAAGCCAAAAUAUGACUUAAAAAAGGAAAAAGUAAGACUAAUUCUACCCCCAUGUCAGCUGAAGAACACUCCAUAUAUAAAGGAUAUAUAUAAAAGAAUCACCCCAACUUUAAAAAUUAAAAUUGCUAUAAUAAAAACCAUAUUUCUAAGUAUAGUUAGUUGUAAAAAAAAUAAGAAUAUAGUCACUAAAAAAAACUUAUAAAUCGGGCUCUAGCCCAGACAAAACAAAAAAUAUUUAAGCUAUGAUAAGUGAUGCAUUGUAGGAAGAUGAAAGAAAGAAAAAACAUAACACCAUCUUAAGCAAAACCAAAAAUCUUUUUCAAAAAACCACCAUCUUAAUCAAAGAAAAAUUCACCUUCAAAAAAUUAAAAAUAUACCUUCAAAGGAACAAAGUUAAUGGACAAGAAUGGAGUAUAAUGGUUAAAGUGUAUAAGGCAGAACAAUUAAUAUGACGAAAACACGCUUUAACUUAAGUAUAAAGUAUAGGAUGAACCUACACGAAUAACCAGAUUUUAAUUCUGGUUUAAAAGAUCGAGAACCAUCUUACAUGAUCAGAAUCGUUCAUUUAUUAAAGACUGAUGUCUGUAGCAGUAGGGAAGUUCUCCUCCAGAUAUUUUCUCGCUUCUGAAGUUGAAAUGAAAACCUGUCGUGGAGCAUUCGACGGAGAUAUUCGAAGCUUCGCAGGGUAUAGGAGCGCAGGUUUCAGAUUUUUCUCAUAUCAUUCAGCCAUCAACGGUUUAAAAAGAAGCCUUCUUUUUAAAAGGUCAGGGCUAAAGUCUUUGACCAGGCGGAAGCAGUAUUCUUUGAAUUUAAUCAUUCCUGCCCGACGAGCUGCACGUAUAAGUUGUUCUUUGUCAUGUACAUAAUGGAACUGGACAAUUACCACCGAAGGUUUGUCUGUAGCACUCGGUGAUCGAAGCUGAAUUCUAUGUGCCCGAUCCAAGAAAGGAGGAUUAUUCGGGAAAAUCAUCGAAAACGCUUCUUUUAAAAGUUGAGCAAAAUAUUUCGAAGGGUCAUCUUUUUCUAUGCCGUCUGGAAGACCAAGUAUACGUAAGUUCUGUCUUCUGGACCGAUUCUCAAAAUCGUCACUCUUGGCUUUAAGGGCUUCCAUCAGCUUAAUGGUCGAAAUUAAAUCCUGUUGCAGUUUUUCAAUAGUCAAAUCUCGCUUCCAAGCAUCUUCUUGCAGAGACGCAAUAAGAGCUUGUUGCUGUUUAAUUACUGAAUCUGUCUUAACCAUGUACUCUUGAAAAGACUUUAUGUCUUCUUUAAAAAAUUGUUGUAGUUCAUCAAAUUUUUUAUCCAAAACCUCCAUAAACAAUUCAUAAGUUAAUUGAGUUUGUUGUGGUGGAGCCUGCUUCUUUCAGUUACCGUUCUGAUUGCGUCCGGGAUCCCGUCCCUUAGGCCUGAGAGACAUUUCUGUUUGCAUAUCUUCAAAAGUUCACAACAAACUCUUGGCAGUAAGUUAAAAAAAAAUUAACAAAGAAACUUUCGGUAUAGGUAAAAAUAAGCUGAACAAGAGUGAUCAAAGGUUAAAAAAAAGUAAAGGUUAUGGAGCGAAUUCAAAACAGUACUCACUCCAUGAGCUUCUCCAGCUGACUCGAGAGCAGUUUACAUCCGGCCAGUAUCGAUUUGGCCAAGAUGUUUUUACCGACCCUGUACCACGAGGGUUUAGAGGGUGGUAAAACGAAGAGUAGUAAAGUGAAAGAGAGUAAGGGAGAGGAGGUAGACCUGCCCUUAGCAAGGAGAAAAGUUCUAGAGGCACGAAAUAAAAAUGAGAAACAGAUAGAGCUGUUAAAAGGUCCAGAGUUAGACAUGGAUGAUCUGUCUGGUUUGGCAGAACUGUUUGAAGAAGUUGAAAAUUCUAAAGGUGUUCCCGAUAAUGAAAUGAGGGCAGUCCUAGAUGAAAAGAGUGCCCUUACCUUGAAGAAGUCUGCUGGGUUGGCAGAUGAGGUUGUUUCAGCCCGCGGGGUUGAGUUUAAUCCGGAAGGGAGUUGCCCAGAAAGUAGCUGGGAGGAUCAGGGGAAUUUAGAAUUUGGACCGGGUACGGGUAUUGAAAGCCUGGAAGAGGCAAAUGUCCUGUUUGAGUGUGUCCAAGAUGUGGAUGCACAUGGUACUGAACCUAGUAAUGGAGCUCAGAAGAAGUCUGAGGUACUUGAUUCAGUUGAAAAGGAAUGCAGUCCUUGUGGGUCAGAUGGACUUGGUUCAGUGAAGAAAGGGUUAACCUUGGUACUAGUGGGAAGUGAGAGUUCCCAGGUGUUUGUGCUCGAAGGUGCGUUACAAGUUAGUGAGGAGAUAACAGGUGGGGCGGUGAAUAUUAUUAUUGAUGAAAAAAGGGAAAUGUGUAGUUCCCAAAUUGAAUGAAGGAAAUUUAAAGUCUGGAUUGAUGUCAGAAGCAGCAACCAGGCUACAGAGACAAUGUCUUGGUACCCCAAAGCCUGUGAAUCAAUUACAGGUUGAGUUGGAAGGUUAAGGAGCCCCACACGCUAUUGUUAUUCCAGAGUGUGGUGUGAAACCGCAGAAUUCGAAAUGCUGUUUGAACAAAGAGGGAUCGCUGGCAUUGAGAACUAAUUGCCUGAAGGGUCCUGAAGAGAAAACUAGCACCUUACGUAAAAUUAAAGAAUUGUGUGGAAAUUCAGAAAAUGGUCUAAGUUUGGAACAUAUUGUUGAUAAAAUAACUGCUAUGAAAGGAGCGGGUGAAAGCCUAUUUCGCCAGGGUGCACAAGCUCCCCACGUGGGAAUUAACUGGAAAAGAGGCGAGAGUUAAGGGGACGCCAUUUUUAAAUAGCAGAAGCCGGUUUUACAGGAUUUUGACAAAGCAUGUGAAUAAUAAAGACAACCCCAUGGAAGCUUGACUGUUAAUUUUGAAAGUAACAUAAAGAUUAGUAUUUUGCCUGAACUUUUGUAGUAUACACGUAAGCUAAGACCACAACUCUUUAUUUUUUGUUGGCUGAAGGGAAAAAAAAAUGUGGUUAUUAAAUUGAAGUCUGAUGCUACAAGACUUUAGUAAGGUACAAGAUGUUAAGAUAUUAAAGGAAGUGACAACGUAAUUGUUAAUAGUUUAGAUGCUGAAUUGAAUGUAUAACUGUAUUACUCUGUAGUGAAAAAAAAACUUUUGUAUUGUGUUAGAUUCUAAAAUCCUGUAAGACUCUGUAUUACUUCGUUUUUACCGAUGGUAAAAACGCGUUGAAGAAAGGGGGUGUUACGCCUGUGCCCAACUCUAAGGGGGUGAAGGGUCCCAAAGUAGCCCCCUCCUUUUUGAGAAUCGCAAGAUUGCUAUUAAUUCAGGUCAGGAGACCCAGGAAAUGAGAGAGAGACAUUUGGAAUGUCCUGGCCACUCAGCGAUACAAAGCCACGGAAAAUGGCCAUUGUCCCUUGGAGAUGGAAUUGUGUGUUGAGUACUGUGCUAUUUAUUUGAAGCCCUCAGUGAAUGACCGAAAGUGGGCUGGUUGAGGGGAGGCAUCCCUCCACCCUGAUUGACAUCUGAGACCCUGUGAGUCAGGAUAAAAGAGGGUCUGGGGAACAGCCCCUUCAGACGCACCAAAAGAAACGCUAGAAAUCUCGUAAUAGCGACAGCCGGUGGAAAGCCCACGUGCGUCCUUUUCCAUUUGUCUCGGAAUUGGUGGGCCUUACCAUGGAAGAACGGCUUUAGCUAAAACAAAGGAGAAAUCAGCCCCAACAACUCUCGAAGGAUUGACAUCAUAAAAGGAAUGGGCAAGUUUUAAACUCUCUCUCUUAACUCCAACCAAAGGCUGCAGCCUGCAUGAACUUGAGUGACUUUUAUAUUUCCAUCGAACAAUACAUUAUCCUCUAGACAAUGAUAGAGCUAUUUCUUAUUGAUUAUUAUUAUA